AUGGGCGAGCAAACCCACUACGGAGCCCAGCCGCGCUCUGGCAACAACCCCAGGAAAUGCCAGGACCUAGGAGACUCAAUUCUUCUGAUCCUGGGCAGCUUCAUCUUGCUCAACAUGGGGAUCAACGUGGUGACCCUGGUCAGGGCAGGAUCUGGGCAGGCUGCUGGGGUGUGGCCGGACAAGGGUUGGAUUUCAGGGCUCACCCUGCUCCCGGCCUCCCCCCUCCCCUGCUUCCCUCAGCUCUGGAGGCAUCUGAAGAGCUCCUUGCGGACACUCUUCCGUCACGUUUUCCCCAAAGACAAGCAAGCCAGCUAUGUAGGCAGCCAUCGCAUGUGCAUGCGCUGCUCCGUGGAUCCCAAGAACCUGUGCUCAAGAGUUUCUUCCCGCUUCCGCCAUCGCCCAAGCUUCCUGCUCGGGCACCCAAACCAUCUUGACUCCUGUAUACCAGACAAAAAAGAUGAGAAGGCUUCUGGGUGCUGCUGGAUGCCGCCUCAGUGUGGACGGGCUGGGGCUCCCAUGGAGGCUCCACGGGGACUGUGGAAGGAGGGGGUAGUGGGAGAUGGCGAGGCCCCUCCGGUCACAGCCUUAAACUCCCGAGCCACCUUUUACUCCAGGCAAGAGACAUCUUCCAAGCUCCGCAGGAUGAGCAAGGUGGACGUGCUUCCACUCCGCCUGGCCCAAGAGAGCAAGAUGAAGAACCCAGACUAUGACCCAGCCCAGGCCGCAGCCCGGGCCCAGACCCGCCCCCCAGUUCAGCCCCCUGCGCAUGCUCCUGCCAAGGCCCAGACCUUCUCCUCAGCCCACCCCCCUGAGCACACCCCCCCCCAGGCCGAGAGCUGCUCCCGAGGCCACGCCCAUGAGCACACUUCCGCCCAGGCCCAGGCCUUCUCCCCAGUGGACCCCACUGGGCGCACACCUGCCAAGGCCCAGACCUUCUCCUCAACCCACCCCUCUGAGCACGCCCCACCUCAGGCCCAGACUUGCUCCACGUUCCACCCCCCUGAGCACACCCCCCCCCAGGCCCAGACCCCCUCCCCAACCCUCACCCCUGAGCGCAGCCCUGCCCAGGUCCAUGGCCCUGAGCAUACCUCAGCCCAUACCCCAGCCCAGCCCCACGCCCAGGCCCCCUCAAAUGCCUCAGCCCAGUCCCUGGGCCACACUUCUGUCUGAACCCUGACCCAUGCUCAUCUGACCUAUACCCAUGCCAACACUCUGGUCCCUCCCCCAACUUCGGCCCCAGUCCCUCCCCCAACUUCUGCCCCUGCUACUACUCCUGCCCUAGCCCCUACACCAGCCCCUGUCCCGAUCUCUGCCACAACCUCUGUCCCAGUGCUGGCCAUGGCCCUGACGACCACUCCGGUCCCUUCCACCACCCCUACCCCC